AUGACUCGCGGCGAAACCCUCCAGACCAAGUGCCACUACAAGGGCAACCACGACGACUUCAUCAUUUUCAUUGAUGAUGUCGAGACGUACAACAAGUGGAAGACUGACAAGAGCAUUCCCAUGGCUCACUUCAUCUCUUCGUUCAAGAUCUUCGUCACCAACAAGCAUGGCGCCCAGGGCCAGCUCGACGCGGCCCCCAACAACAUUCUCGCCACCGAGUUUGACACGGAGAAUGAGGAUGAGGUGAUUAAGAAGAUUCUUGACAAGGGAAACCUGCAACAGUCUGAGAUGCCAGCGCGCCAAGGACAAAAGAACGACUCCAAAGGCGCCAUGACCGCUCACUAG